AUGAGGAAGAGAAAAAACGAACGGAAGGUGACAAGAGAGGAAGGGGUUAGCCAGGAGGAUCAAAUAGUUAAACCCCGCGAAGAGUUGCAUUUUUGCGGAGAAGUGGCUGGAAAUGAAAAGUAAAACCGGAAAAAUUGGAAAUAUGCCAAUGCAAAAAAAGGCUCUAUACUCCUUUCAAAUCCCAUAUUCCCCCCUCAGGAACUCUUGCAGACGACAGAUAUCGAAGCGAUCUGGUUCGCUUCCGGCGUCACUUGAUUGUAAUAAUCGCGUCAUUUCUCGUAUCCUAAGGCUUAUCCUGAUAAUGAAUGAUAUUACAACGUGUCCUUAGGGCAACCGAUCGAUCACCAGAUCUGGGCCCGCCGGGGCCUAUAUAAGUUCGGAACCAUAUUCAAGAAGGUAUGUAGCGAUGAGUGGUUCUUUGCGGUUGCUUUGCGUUGUUGUGUGGUUAUAUUGAGUUUUCUGGUUUCAGAUGGCGCUGGGCAGCGAGACGAAGACAGCGGUUUCUCUAUCUUCCAAUAGAGAUAGAGAAACUUGGGAAGUUCCUAGGCCAGAAAAUAAAACGUAAGCGCCGGCGAGGGCGGGCAGUUACCGCUGACGUAAAACGUGGACGUAAUGAUGGAAGAAGGUGAGCGAAACGCUGUGAUUUAAAUAUUUUGAGCUGUCUGCUUGCAUGUUUUGUAAUUCCGCAGCUUUCAGUGGCAAGUAUCCUCUAUAA